UCCGCUGCACUUGAGACUCAAUAUAGUCAUGGCUGCAAAACUCUAUGGUGGAGCUUACCUCUCUCCCUUUGUUGAUGCUAUUUUGGACAACCUGUCUUCAAUACUUGAUGACUCUAUCCUCAAUGGAAAUGACUCUGCCCUAGAAUUGCUUGAAAGGUUGCAGAAUUGUCUAUAUGAUGUUGGACCUGUUCUUGAUGAUGCUGAGCUGAAGCAGUUCACUGACAAGAAAGUGAAGAAGUGGCUUGUUGAUUUUCAAGAUGCUCUCUAUAUGGCUGAUGACUUGCUCGACGAACUCUCCACUAAAGCCGCUAUUGCUGCUACUCAAAGGGAUCCAGGUAACUCUUCUUCCUGGUCUCGUCUUGUUGAUUCGUAUAUUGAAGAUAAUAGCGACAUGGAAAAAGUAGUUGGCAAACUAGAGUUCGUUGUAAGACGCAAACGUUAUCUUGGUCUGGAGAAGAGUGUCAAGGUGGACAUGUCAUGGAGAAUUCCAUCCACAUCUCUCGUUGAACCAUCGGAGAUAUGUGGCAGGAAAGAAGACGAGGAGGCCAUACUGAAACUGUUGUUCGAUGAUGAUGAUGCUGCUGAUGGUGAUUUAUCUGUCAUUCCCAUUGUGGGCAUGGGCGGAAUAGGAAAGACUACUUUGGCCCAAUUGGUUUACUACGAUGAUAAAGUGAAGGAGAAUUUUGAUUUUCGAGGUUGGGUUUGCGUGUCAGCAGAGUUUGAUGUUUUCAAGGUCACCAAGACUAUUAUCGAGGCAAUAACUUCGACUUCUUGUAACUUGACAGAUUUGAAUUUACUUCAGCUAGAUUUAAAGGAAAAGUUGUCUAGGCAAAAGUUCUUCAUUGUCUUGGACGAUGUCUGGAAUGAAAAUUAUGAUGAUUGGAAUAAGCUUCUAAAACCUUUUCAAAAAGGGGUUAAGGGAAGUAAAAUUCUCAUAACUACUAGAAGUAAAAAGGUGGCUUCUGUGGUGCAAACUGUUUUGCCUCAUGAACUAACUCCAUUGUCUGAUGAAAAUUGUUGGUUGGUGUUUUUAAAACAUGCUCGUCUUUCAACUAUUUCUAUGAAGAAUCCAACCCUGGAAAAUGUCGGCAAAGAGAUAGUAAAGAAGUGUGGUGGAUUGCCCUUGGCAGCUCAAGCUCUUGGAGGCUUAUUGCGUGGAAAUUCUGAUGUCAACUAUUGGAAUCAUAUAUUGAAGAGUAAGAUCUGGGAACACUCCGAUGGCAAAAUAAAUGUUGUUCCAGCAUUAAGAAUAAGUUAUUAUUUUCUUCCUUCACAUCUGAAGGAGUGCUUUGUUUAUUGUUCCUUGUAUCCCAAGGACUAUGAAUUUAGCAAAGAUGAAUUGAUCUUGUUAUGGAUGGCAGAGAAUUUUUUGCAACCAAUAGGAGAAAAGACUAUGGAAGAAGUUGGUGGUGAAUAUUUUGAUGAAUUAAUUGCGAGAUCAUUUUUCCAACCUCAUAAUACUCGUGGAAACAUAUUUGUGAUGCAUGAUAUCAUGCAUGAUUUAGCAAUGCUCAUUGCCAGAGAAUUCUAUUUCCGAGCUGAAAAGUUUCAGAAUACAAUUGAGGUUGAUAAAACUCGUCGCUUGUCACAUAAUGCCAAAGGCGAUUAUCCAAUGUCAAAACUUUUGAAAGUUUGUGAUAGAAUAAAGCAUACAAGGACAUUUCUUGAAAUCAAUUUGGAGUCACAUAUCCCAUUUAAUAUGGAAAAUGCACCUGGUAUCUUGUUGUCACAGUUGAAGUACCUGAGAGCUUUGUCAUUCAAAUGCUUUCCUCUCGAAUCAUUGCCUGAUUCAAUAGGUGAGUUGAUUCAUUUGCGUUAUUUGAAUCUCUCUGAGACCUACAUUGUGGCGUUGCCCGAGUCCUUGGGUAAUUUGUACAAUUUGCAAACCUUGAAGCUAAUUCUAUGUUGCAAUCUGAAAAUGCUUCCGGCUAGCAUGCAAGAUCUUGUAAAUUUGCGCUAUCUUGAUAUUAGGGGGACUAUGUUACAUGAGAUGCCGAAAGGUAUGAGCAAAUUGGAAAGUUUGCAUUUUUUAAGCAACUAUGUUGUUGGGAAGCAUGAAGAGAACAAGAUCAAAGAAUUGGGAGCACUGACAAAUCUACAGGAAUCAAUUUCCAUUACCAAAUUGGAGAAUGUGGGGAAUAGUAGUGAAGCUUUGGAGGCAAGAAUGUCUGAUAAGGACGGUAUUGAUUCUUUGUGGUUGAGGUGGUCUUGGGAUGAAGAUGAGAAUAUAGUUGAUUUCGAAGUUGAAAGAGAUAUAUUGGACAAGUUACAACCUUCCAUUGAUUUGAAAGAACUAGAAAUCGAGGGUUAUAGGGGUACAACGUUUCCAGAUUGGUUGGGGGAUUCUUCUUAUCACAACAUCACCAAAGUUACUCUGGAUGGUUGCAGGAACUGUUGUGUGCUUCCUUCACUUGGACAAUUGCCCUCUUUGAAGCACCUUACAAUUUCAAAUUUUGUAAAUCUGGGGAUUGUGGGUGCUGAGUUUUACUUCUGCCAGAACGAUAAAUCUUUCUUGGAGACGCCAUUUCCAAUGCUUGAAACACUUGAAUUUUCGUCAAUGCCUUGGUGGGAGAAGUGGCAUUCAUUGGAGUUCAAUGCAUUUCCCCGACUUAGGGAGCUUACCAUAAGUAGGUGUCCGAUGUUGAGAGGAGAUUUGCCCAAUCAUCUACCAUCUUUGCAUUCACUUGAGAUCCAGAAUUGCGAUCUGCUUAGUUAUUGUGUUCCAAGAACUCCUGGGAUGACCUCUUUAAGGAUAGAAGGCAGCAAUGAAGUGAGAAUUGGGGAGCUACCUCCUUUACUGGGUAAUCUAUCAAUUGAAAGAAGUGAUCAUCUAGUGCAGUCCGUGGUAGAGGCUAUUACCCUCACGCAAUUGACUUGCUUGACGUAUUUACGCAUCUCAGGUUGUUCCUCUCAAAUAUGGUUUCCAGUGAGUGCUAUUCCCCCAUCACUACAACAGUUGAAGAUAUCUGAGUGCAGAAAAUUAGAAUUCCAAAUGGAUGAGCAACAUCACUCCCUGCAGGAACUACUAAUAGAAAAAAGCUGUUCUUCACUUACAUCCUUCUCGUUGUUGGAUUCUUUUCCAAAUCUCGUGCGGGUUCAAAUCAUGUACUGUAAAAAGAUGGAGUCUGUUGCGAUAUCACGCUCUCUUCCACGUCUCCGUUCUUUAGAGAUGAACCAUUGUUGGAGUUUGAAAUCCGUGUCGACACUAUGGAUGGCAGCACCUCAGCUAGAGCGUCUCGCAUUAGUGGCUUGCCCAGAGAUCGAUUUGUCUCCCACAGGGGAUCCACACCGUAGUCUGAGAUCUCUUAGCAUCAGCUACUACCAGAAACAGGUCAUCUCUGCAGCAUUCAUGAAUUCCCAAUUUCAUGGGUUAACUGAUCUUCACAUUGAAGGUGCAUACCGGGAGAGUGUAAGUGUGAAGUGUUUCCCAAAAGAAGGUUGGUUGCCUGCCUCACUUGAGUCUCUCUCACUGAUUGGCAUGAAAAGUGUGGAGACGUUGGAAUGCAAGGGACUUGCCCACCUCACCUCCCUCCAACGAUUAAGAAUUGAUGGAUGUGCCAAGUUGGAGAAUAUCGAGGGAGAAAAGCUGCCCGCCUCUCUAAUACGACUCACCAUCAUUCGAAGCCCUUUGUUGAGUAAACUCUGCGAGAUGAAGGACCCACAGCUUUGGCCCAAAAUUUCCCACAUCCCCGGCAUUCUAGUUGAUGAUAGAUGGAUUUGGUAAUCCAACAACUUCAACAGAUUAUCCAUGGACCCAACAACACAACUUCUCCGCCUAUGCUUUUGCUUUCGCUGCAUCAACAAUAUUCAAUCAUUGCAAUACAUAGGCCUGAUUGCUAAGAA